AUGAACUCGCUAGCUUCAACUUUCCACGAUGCAAACAAGAAGUUCCAGAAAUACCUCACUUUUGUUGGACCCGGUUUGGUUGUUGCUGUAGCGUACUUGGACCCGGGCAACUACUCAACUUCGACCUCAUCGGGGUCCAUGUACCAGUACAAACUAUGUUUCAUCAUAUUCAUGGCCAACAUAUUUGCAGUUGUGUUGCAAGUGCUAUGCGUCAAGCUAGGCUCGAUAACGGGGUUGGACUUGGCGGAAAUGUGCCGGUUGCACUUGCCGCCGAAACUCAAUUUGUUCAUGUAUCUAUGUGCCGAGAUUGCCAUCAUAGCGACCGACAUGGCGGAAGUUGUCGGCACUGCCAUUUCGUUGGAAAUCUUGUUUGGAAUACCGUUAUUUUACGGUGUUUUAAUCACCGUUUUAGAUGUGUUGAUUAUAUUGAUGGCAUACCAAAAGGAUGGAACGCUCAAGCAGACCAAGGUUUUUGAAAUCUUGGUCUCGAUUUUGGUCAUGGCCACUUGCGUAUGUUUCAUUUUGGAGUUGUUCAAAUGCGAUUUCCCCCCUGGCUCGGGUUGGCAAGUGUUUAAGGGUUUCUUGCCCGCGAGCCCCGAGAUUUUCACAGAGCUGACCGCGUUGUUCUUGAGUUGUGGGAUCGUGGGGUCCACGGUUAUGCCACAUUCCUUGUUUCUUGGUUCGGCCCUAGUGCAGCCGAGAUUAAAGGACUAUGACGAGAACCACCCGCAAACAUUGAAGCAAAGCUCGUCAUCUUCGCAGCUAGAUUCGCUGGCUUCGGUUUCGGUUUCGGCUUCGGUGUCCUCAGCAAACGCAUUACCAACGCCCGAAUCACAAUCAAUAAGGCCGCCCACACCAUUGACGGGGUUCCGCCGUAUCUCGAAUGGGUCCCUUCUCCAGACCAAGUACAAGCCUAGCUUUAGCGCUAUCAAGUACUGUCUCAACUACUCCUACGUUGAACUUGUCUUGUCGUUGUUUAUCGUUGCCGUUUUCGUCAACUCGGCAAUUUUGAUUGUGGCGGGAGCAACGUUAUACGGCAAACCAGAUGCAGCUGACGCCGACUUGUUAUCGGUGUACGAAAUGUUAUCCUACUAUAUUUCCCCUGCUGCCGGCUUACUAUUUGCAUUAAGUAUGCUUUUCUCGGGGCAGAGCGCAGGGAUAGUUUGCACCAUGGCGGGACAAAUCAUCUCUGAAGGGUUCAUCAAUUGGACAAUCGAGCCCUGGAAAAGAAGAAUCAUCACUCGAGUAAUCGCCAUUAUCCCCGUGAUCAUUGUGGUUGGGAUCUUGGGACGCGAAGGCGUCGCCAAGGUGAUGAACUCGUCGCAGGUGGUGCUAAGCUUCAUCUUGCCCAUCGUGUCUGCUCCCUUGAUCUACUUUACAUGCAGCAAGAAGUACAUGACGGUUGACGAUGAUCUGGGGAAGUCGGCUGCAGAUGAAUCAAGUCCACUUCUCCAUAACGGAGAAAUGGGCGGCGCGACAAAGAGGCAGGUGACUUUUGAAAAUGGAAGAUUCCUAUUGAUCACCAGUGUGAUGACAUGGGUGAUUAUUACUGCUUUAAAUAUCUAUUUAAUCAUUGCAUUUGCUAAUGGAGCUGACAUCUAA